CUUACGGCGAAAUUUCAUGCAAAAGUCUACACCUCGCCACUCUUCACACCGCCAUCUCCGAACUCCUCUUGGUUUGAGUCUUUCUCACUUAAAGAUCCCUCACCACUCUCCUCCUUUCUUUCAUCUCUCUCUUUCUUUUCUCUCUUUCUCAGAAAAAAAAAAAAACACACACACACACACACUCAUUUCUUGUGCCAUAUUAAGACCACCAAAUGCACAAAUCAUCACAUUUUUGAGAUCAAGAGAGAAUAACUCUUAAAUGGUGGAAGGAGACGGAACAAAAUAUAUGGGUUCAUCCGGGAAAAGCCAGGCUAUUAGGCCUAGAAAAAGGCUAUCUUUUGUAACGUAUCCGAUUCAAUAUGUGCUGGAGGAGCAGAGGUUGGUAUGCCUUUUGAUCGGGAUUGGCAUUGCAUCUCUCAUUUUCACUGCCGUUCCUGCUUUGACAUCAUCAUCAUCAUCAUCUACCCCGAAUCACCAUGGAUGGAUUCCAGAUUCUUUAAUGGAGUCAACUCAUCAUGUCCCUCGAAGAAUUGCUCUUGAGCUGAGCGAUUAUGACCGUGAUCAAUCGUCCAAUGGAGUUGCAAGGUUACCGGUGGGGUUGAAGAACAAAAGGCUGAGAGUUUUGGUAACGGGCGGGGCGGGGUUCGUCGGGAGUCACCUUGUGGACCGUCUGAUGGAGCGCGGGGAUAGCGUGAUCGUGGUUGAUAAUUUCUUCACCGGUCGGAAAGACAAUUUAGUGCACCAUUUCUCCAACCCAAGGUUCGAGCUGAUUCGGCAUGAUGUGGUCGAGCCGAUCAUGUUGGAAGUGGACCAGAUCUACCAUCUCGCCUGCCCGGCCUCACCCGUCCAUUACAAGUACAACCCCGUUAAGACCAUCAAGACAAAUGUAAUGGGGACAUUGAACAUGCUUGGAUUGGCGAAGAGGAUUAAUGCUAGAUUUUUGCUAACGAGCACCAGUGAGGUGUAUGGUGACCCUUUGGAGCAUCCACAGGUCGAGACCUAUUGGGGAAAUGUCAACCCCAUUGGCGUUCGCAGUUGUUAUGAUGAGGGAAAGCGUACAGCUGAGACCUUGACUAUGGAUUAUCACAGGGGCCUAAAUAUUGAGGUGAGAAUUGCUAGGAUCUUUAACACUUAUGGACCACGUAUGUGCAUCGAUGAUGGCCGUGUGGUUAGCAAUUUUGUUGCUCAGGCUUUAAGAAAGGAGCCAUUGACUGUUUAUGGGGAUGGGAAGCAAACUAGGAGUUUCCAAUACGUUUCUGAUCUGGUUGAAGGUUUGAUGAGGUUGAUGGAAGGAGACCACGUAGGACCUUUCAAUCUUGGAAACCCUGGUGAAUUCACCAUGCUUGAACUUGCCAAGGUGGUGCAAGACACAAUUGAUCCAAAUGCAAAGAUAGAGUUCAGAGAAAACACUGCGGAUGAUCCUCAUAAGAGAAAGCCGGAUAUUUCAAAGGCCAAGAAACUCCUUGGAUGGGAACCGAAAGUGUCCCUUCGCGAGGGACUUCCUCUCAUGGUCUCUGACUUCCGGAGACGCAUUUUUGGUGACGAAAAAGACACCCAAGGCAGUCAAAAGCUUGCAGAAUAGCUUCUAACACGAGGUUAUCGCCGCCUUGGAUAUAUAAGUGAAAGUUGAUAGGAGAAACCAUGGAAACAAAUUAAAUAGAGUAAAAAUAAGGGAAGAAUAUGAGAUAGAACAAAAGGUCAUAGCUUGAUUCUAUUAUUUCCUUCAAGAAUAAUGGUGUCCUAGAUAAGGAAGCUAAGAAAAGUUUUACAUUAGUGCUAGUGGUAACAAUUCAAUUUGUAUCUGUAUACAAUCCAAUUGCUACCUUUAGUUAAUCUAAUGCUUGUUUGA